UCCCUUGUAUUUCAGAAGAACACAUCCGACUUCUUUUUGGUGAAAUCUUCCAGAUUUCUGUGACUGAAAUAGAGUAAAAGGUAGAAAAUUAGUGGAAGAACAAUGAAGAUUUAGUGAUAAAGGGGAGACAACUUCACUAUCAAUUGAUUACAAGUACUUACAAAUGUUACUAUGUACUCUAGACAAUAAGCAUUCUUUGAAUACUAUAAAGGACUAAACUAGUGUUUGAGGUGAAACAAGAUGACAACCAUAUCAGAGGAAGAAGAGAACUAUGUAAGAAUGAGUUUGUUGCUGUCUGGGAUCUCCUCUCGUGCAGUACGAUCUUUGUUUGACAGUGAAUUUUCUCCAUCCUGUUUAAAUGCAUCCAUUAAAAAGCAAUAUAACAUAAUACAUGACCUACAAGUUAGAAAGAUUAUUAACCAAUCACAGUGGAAUCUUCUGUUUCCUAGAAAUGGUAAGGCAGAUUCAAGAAGUUUUGAUGUAACUUUGAUGACAACAUUGCUCAUGAAUCUUACAAAGUUGAACUAUUAUACAAAGUUGCCAUUUGAAACAGAUGUGUCAAAAUCGGCAGAUUUGGCCAGGAUAAAACAUUACAGGAACUGCAUAUCCCAUAUAUCAGACAAUAAAGAUGGAAAGAUAGACAGUGCAUGUUUAAACAAGGCAUGGGAUGAUAUUAGUGGGGCUGUAGGAAGACUAGGUGGUCAGGAUAUGCUUGACGAAUGUACUGAGCUGAAAAUAAAGUGUUUAAAUCGAUCAACAGUGCCCUGGAAUAUAAGAGUUCAGAUGAAUCAUAUUUUGGAAGAAUGGAAAAUGAAUGCCGUUGACUUCGUUGAAACGAGAGCUUCCAAACAUGUUAUGAAAAAAAUUCAAGAAAACAGUUGUGUAAUCAUUACAGGUAGUUCAGGUGUUGGGAAGACAGCAACUCUUCGACAUGUGGCAUUAAAAAUGGCAGAUGAGGGGUACGACAUACUUCUGCCUACCUGCCCAAACGACAUUGUUACAUUCUAUAAUCCAGACAAGAAAACGUUAUUUGUUAUUGAUAAUAUGUGUGGAAACUUGUCUUUAGACCACUGUGAUUUUAUCAGUUGGGAAACCGUACGUGAGCGUAUCAAUGUAGUCAUACAGAAUAAACUCACCAAAAUCAUUGUGGCAUGUCGAUAUCAAGUUUAUCAGGACGAAAGGUUUGAAUCUUUAUCAAUUUUUAGGACAUGUGUAUGUAACCUGUUAUCCGAAGACCUAUGUUUAUCACCAAUAGAAAAGCAGUUAAUUGCAGAGUUAUAUCUUGAAAAAGACGCAGCAGCAAUUAUUCAGUACUGUGAUUUAUAUGAUUGUUUUCCACUUCUUUGUGCAUUAUAUCAUGAUAAUCCUCAACAAGAUAUUACUGAUUUAUUUAGGAAUCCGUCUUCAGUAUAUGAAGCAGAGAUCCAUAAGCUGCAUAGAAAGAAAUACUAUGGAAAAUAUUGUGCCUUGGCUUUGUGUGUUAUGUUCAACAACAAUCUGAUUGAGAAAUGGUUAAUAGAUGAGAUAGACACAAACAAAAAAGCAAUUAUAGAGAACACAUUUGAAGCAUGUAGACUGGACAGAAGUACAUCACGACUUAUUAUGUUAGAUGAAUUGAAGGCACUUGAGGGUACUUUUAUUAAAAAGGAACAAAAUGCAUACAAAAGUUUGCACGACAAGAUAUUUGACUUCAUGGUAUCAUAUUUUGGAAGAAACUUGAUUCACUGUUUGAUAAUGAAUGCAGAUAGUUACAUUAUUAUGGAAAGAUUUUUAUUAGAAAAAAAGUAUGAUAUGGAUCGGUUUAUUACUGUUGUUCCGUCUAAUUACCAUCAGAUGUACAUACAGAGAAUGAUUAAUGACUGGUCUGCAGGAAAAGUUAGAAUAAUGUUUAAAAAUAUCAAUAUGAAGGUACCAGAGUUCAGGGUAAGAUUCUUGUGUUAUUUGAAAAGACUUGAUAUGUCAUUCCAGAAACAAUUAGCCAAAACGUGUGAUGUUGUCUUUAAAGACACUGUUUUGUUAGGAUGUAGUUUCUAUGGUGAUAUUAUGAUGAUUCAGUGGUGUUUUAAUCAUGGUAUUGAUGUUAACCAGUGUAACAAAAAUGAUGUUGGUCCUUUGUUUGUAGCAGCACAAGAGGGACAUACAGAAGCAGUCAAACUUUUGACGAAUAACAACACAGAUAUAAAUAAAUGUAGCGAUACUGGAGCAUCUCCAUUGUUUAUUGCUUGUCAAAGGAAUCAUAUAGAGAUAGUAAAUGCAUUACUUCACAACAAGGCAGACAUUAACCAGUGUACAGUUAAUGGAACAUCUCCUUUGCAUAUAAGUUGUCAGAACAAUCAUUUAGAGAUAGCAAAUAUUUUGCUGAACAACAAGGCCGACAUUUGUAGCGGUAAAGACAAUGAAGGAUCACUUAUGAUUAAUGCCUGUGAGAAUAAUAAUAUAGAGAUAGUAAAUUUAUUAUUACACAACAAGGCUAGCGUUAAUAAGUGUGGAAAAGAUGGGGCAUCUCCUUUAUUUAUUGCUUGUUACAAUAAUAAUAUAGAGCUACUGAAAGUAUUACUGCACAACAAUGCAGACAUUGAUAAGUGUGUAAAUGAUGGAUUAUCUCCUUUGUAUAUUGCUAGUCAGAAUAAUCAUAUAGCUAUAGUUGAUAUGUUACUUAAAAAAAAUGCAGACAUAGAUAAGUGUACAUCCAAUGGUCUAUCUCCUUUGUUUGUUGCGUGUAUGAUGAAUCAUAUAGAGAUAGUGAAGUGUUUAGUUGGAAAAACUGCAGACAUAGAUAAAUGUCAGAAUGAUGGAGCAUCUCCUCUUUUCAUUGCAUGUACAAAAAAUCAUUUAGAGAUAGUAAAAAUAUUACUGAGUUACAAGGCAGACUGUAAUAAAUGUGAGAAAAAUGAAAUGUCUCCUCUGUUUAUUGCCUGUCAGCAGAAUCAUAUAGAGAUAGUAAAGGUAUUACUGGACAACAAGGCAGAUAUAAAUAAGUGUAAAGAUGACGGAGUAUCCCCUUUGCAUGUUGCUUGUCAGCAGAAUCAUAUAGAGAUAGUUAAGAGUUUACUGUCUAAAAAAGCAGACAUUAAUUGUUGUACAUAUGCUGGAGCAUCUCCUUUGUGUAUUGCUUGUUAUAAAAAUCAUAUAGAGAUAGCGAAGGUAUUACUGGAUAACAAGGCAGACAUUAAUAAAUGGGAAAAUACGGGAGCAUCUCCUUUGUACUUUGCCUGUCAACAGAAUAAUAUUGAAAUAGUAAAGAUAUUACUGGAAAACAACGCAGAUCUUUUCUAGUUAAGACGAUAAAAUAUCUCUUUUGCAUUUUAUUUAACAUGAUACUGAUUUGAGUUAGUAAUUACAUCAAUGAUACAUACAUCGUCUUAGUAAUUUUCCUCGGAGUUCAGUAUUUUUGUGAUUUUACUUUUUAGUAUAUUGUUUUAUAAUCACAAAGAGAUAGUAUAACUAUUACUAGAAAGCAAAAAUUACAUUUAUAAGAGAACUAUUUUACUGAAACUUUCUUCUAUAUGUAUCAACCUACAUAUAUAGUAAAGUAAGAAAUAUACGAGUGUUACGACAUUAAGGAUGACGAGUUAAAGUGGUCAGGACAAUUCAUAUAGCUAUUGGAAAAUGUUCGUAAAAGUAACAUAUCAAGAUAAGUGUAACACUAAUUAUUGUAAAUAGAUAAAAUUGGUUCCACUGACUUCAUAGAUUGGUAAAUUAUUACUGUAACGGCAGCUGUAUUAAGCAAGGAUAUAUUUAGUUUAAGACAGCAUGUUAAUGUUUAUGUGAUGUGUGUAUUAAUUGUAUCAAUCGUAAACAUCACUGUAUUAAGUCAAUAGCUUAAGUUAUUAGAGUGAUACUCUAUCAUGCUAUAUAAGGUCAUAGUAAUCAAUGUUUAUAUACAUAUAUAUUUCAUAUGGUUUAACCAUAAGCAAUACCAAGUGAAAAGUCAUGCGCAUAAACUUGAUAAUAUACCAUAAUGUAUAAAGGUCAUGGCAAUAUGUUGUGUAUUAUUUUAGUCAACCAUAACCUAAAGGUGAGUUAUAAUUACCAAAGCGAUAAUAUAUCAUAAUUUAUCAUCAUAAUUUAUGGCAAUGAUAUGAAUUUUGUUUACGGAAGGUCAUCGGAGUGAUUAAUACUUGUUACCAAUAACGUCAACGUUGGCUAUGAGAAUACAUUGACCGCCUUAAAGACAGAAGCUACAACUAAUAUACUACCUUAUAUUAAAGAGAAACAGUAGUCAUGGUAAUAUUCUUCUUUUGAAUAAAAGGUUUCAGAAAGAUUUGACUAAUUUGAUUCAUGAUAAUCAAAUAACAAGUUUUGCAAUGACACUGAGACAACAACAUAACAGGAACAAAAAAUUACAAAAGGAUUCAGAAACUAAUGCUUCAGACGGUGGUAAAAGAUGGAUAAACAGAUCAGCCUGUGAAGAUAUCUAGUUUUAAAUGCUAAGGAAUAUGUAUAGUAAUAUCACAUAGUGAUAGAAAUGCAAUAAAUGUGCCAAGAAACCAUAUUGUGUGUAUGUCUCUUUAAAAUUAAAAACGUUUUAGGACAUUAUCGUGAUUAUAUAUAUAAUAAAUAAAGUAACAAAUGUAAUAGUGUAGACGCUAAGCCUGAUUAACUGAUGCCAGAAGAAGUCUGGUUGCAUAUACAUCUUUAUUCCAUGAUAAAUGUAAAUUUAUGAUU